AUGUCUGCAGAGCCCACGCUGGAUGCCAGCUCAGGCAGGAGAGCUGUGCAGUGCUCCUUCAGCAUUGAGAACAUCCUCGCCAGCCCGGCAGAGAGGAGCCCCCAGGUUCUGGUUCCACUCUGCCUCCAGAGCAUCCUGGACUGUGCACCCAAGGGGCUGUGUGAGCUGGAGGGCAUUGCCCUGCAGGAGGAAGAGGACGAGGAGGAGGAAGAAGAGCUGGAAGAGCUGACCGUCCCCCUCCUUGCAGACACCAGGUUCCCUUGGCCCAUGCGACUGCUCCACUCGGCGGUCAGAGGCUGCAAGAGCCCUCAGGGCAGCCCCAGCGAGCUGCAGGCCUUCCAGCAGAUCCAGCGCAGGACGCGCCGCCAUCGCACCAUUUUCACCGAGGAGCAGCUGCAGGCCCUGGAAACACUUUUCCACCAGAACCAAUACCCGGACGUCAUCACCAGGGAGCACUUGGCCAACCGCAUCCACCUGAAGGAGGAGAGGGUGGAGGUCUGGUUUAAGAACCGUCGAGCCAAGUGGAGGCAUCAGAAGAGAGCAUCUGCCUCGGCAAUGGUCCUUCAGGGCAGCGCAGAGCCGCCCAAGGAGAGCUGCUAACGGCCCUGCGGGAGGGGAGCAGCGGGGCCGGGCUUCAGAGGGCGGGAUGGGUGAACGCAGGCGGGGCUCCUCCGAAACCCGGCCUGUGUGCUGAGCCCUGUUGAAGUGAUGUGGCCCUCAGAUGCUGAAGCGAGCACGAAGCUGACAGGUGGUGUGGGGACCGUGCCUGUGCUGUGCACGUGAGCCCCGGCCGGGAUCCCCGGGCUGCACUGCUUGUGUUUGUGUCAGCUCUGCUUUAUGAACACGUGCCAAUGAAGGCUGUUCUCAGCACUCCGUGGCUUAGAGCAUCUCUUCGGGGCUCCCAGGACGAGGUGCCUCGCCCCAAGCAAUGCCGGCCAUGCCUGUGCCCCUUGCGCGGGCAAAGACCCGCAUCCCUCACCACAUAC